UAGCUUGCUUGAUUCAUGUAUGAUGCUCACCCCAUUUCUCCGAAGCAAAAUCGGGUUUAAUUUCCUCAAUUAUUCUCUUCUUCUUCUUCUUUUGCUAUGGAAUCCUCGCUCUCGCGAAUUCAAACUCUGGUAACCCAAAUCAAGCAAGAGAUUUUCUCAUCACCUUUUGAUCCUCUCUCCUUUGUUUUCCCGUCUGCUUACGAGACUACUGCUUGGUUAGCUACGGUUCCUGAUCACCCCAAACAAGGAACUAAUCGUUCCGUGUUCAAAGGUUGUUUGGAGUGGAUUGUCAAUAACCAGAGAGAAGAGGGGUUUUGGGAGGAGGAUGGGAGUGAUGGCCUCCCCACCAUUGAUGGCCUUCCUUCCACUCUUGCUUGCCUUGUAGCACUCAAAACAUGGGGUGCUGUUGGUGAAGAAAACAUAGAGAAAGUUCCAACGACCUGCCCUGUUGAUGGAGAGCUAAUAAGGCUUUGUUUGGUUAACCAUAUACAAAGACUGGGGCUGGCUGAGCACUUCACCAAGGAGAUUGACGAAGUUUUGGAACGUAUUUACCGGAGUUACAAGAAUCAAGAAUCGCGGGAAAUAGACCUCCAUUUAGUGCCGGCAAAAAUAUACAAGGACUCUUUGGCAUUUCGUCUGCUCCGGAUGCACGGGUAUAAUGUAACACCAAGGAGCUUUUGUUGGUUUCUAUAUGACGAAGACAUAAGGGUUCAUGUGGAAAAAAACUUUGAAUAUUUCAUGGGUGCAUUGUAUAAUGUUUACAGAGCCACAGAGCUUAUGUUUUCAGGGGAAUAUGAAGCAGAAGAGGCAAAGUUAUUCUCAAAGAAAUUGCUUGAAAAAUCCCUCAAGCUCACAAGUGUGAAGGAUAAUCCGAAUUUUAAAAGGCUGAUUGAGCAUGAGUUGAGGAAUCCAUGGAUUGCUAGACUUGAUCAUCUCGAUCAUAGGAUGUGGAUUGAACAAAAUAAAAUUGACACCCAAUGGAUUGAAAAGGCCUCGCUUGAUAGGUUAUCAUGUCUCCACAAUGACAAGCUAAUGCAACUUGCUGUGGAGAAUUACAAUUAUCGGCAAUCAAUUUACAGGAAAGAAUUGGAGGAACUCACAAGGUGGUCAAAGGAAUGGCGACUAAGUGAAAUGGGAUUUGGGAGGGAGAAAACAGCCUAUUGCUACUUCGCAAUUGCCUCCAGCACUUGCCUCCCGCUGGAUUCCACGGUCCGAAUUCUAGUUGCGAAGAGCUCCAUACUCGUUACAGUUGCCGACGAUCUCUACGACAUGGAAGGCUCUUUAGACGACUUGCACGCCUUGACUCAAGCCGUUCAAAGAUGGGAUGGAAGAGGCUUAAGUGGACAUGGUGACAUUAUUUUUCGUGGCCUUGAGGAUAUCGUGAGUGAAAUUGCUGAAAACCACGUUCAGCAAUACGGAAUUGACAUCACGAAAAACCUUCGUCAUUUGUGGGGUGAAACAUUUGGUUCAUGGAUGAUGGAGACCACAUGGAGUAAAACAGGAUACUUACCAUCACUGGAUGAGUAUCUUCAAAUGGGCAUGACUUCUAUUGCUACACACACCAUGAUUAUGCCAGCUCUGUGUUUCCUCAACUAUGACCUCAAAUCUGAUCACUACCAGAGCAUCACCAAGUUGCUCAUGGCUUCAUCUCGUUUGUUGAAUGACAUUCAAAGCUAUCAGAAAGAACUAGAGGUGGGGAAGAAGAACUUUGUGAUAUUGUAUUCGAAAGCAAAUCCAAAGGCAGGCCUUGAAACUUCGAUCAAGCAUGUGAAGGAAAUACUUGACGAAAUGAAGAAAGAGUUGCUUGAGCAGGCCUUGAUGGAUGGCUUCAAUGAUUUGCCCAAGACAUGCAACCACUUUCAUGUGUCCAUUCUGAGGGUGUUUUACAUGUUUUUUAACUCCAGUAACCUGUUUGACUCCACCACAGAACUACUUCAUGACAUAAACAGAGCAAUUCAUGUUCCUAUUCCUAUCAAAUAGGAACGGAGGGAGCCCGGCCCAUGGAACUUUGUUUCUACAUCACAAAGAGUUGACAAAAAAUCCUAUUAAUAACUGGCCCUUUUGGUCCUUUGGAACAACUCAAUGAAUUUAGUAGAUCCUUUUAGGAGGUCCUAGUGACCCUAGCUAGAACGAACCUAUUUAAUUUUUAUAGUGCGAUGAUAAUCGUUCACGGACUUGCUGUACCUACUGUUUCUUUUUUCAGAGAUCGUGUAUCACGAUAAUAAUCGUGAACGGACUACUAUUUCUUUUUU